AUGGCGUCAGUGAAACUGGCAGCAAUCCGGCACGCGGGGAGUUUUGGGGAGCGUGGCGAAGGGGUUUCUCCGGUCGAAUUCAAGAACAAGAAUGUGAAACAGAGGAGAUGGCGGAUUAAUCAUCCGAAGGCCUUUGUGGGGAGUGUCCGUGAAGGACAGGGCUUUGCGCUUCGAAGAAAGCUGAAGAUUCAGCACAGUUACAAGAAAUUGCUAAGGAAGGAAAAAAAGGCUCAAGCUUCACAAGAAUCCCAAUUCACAGAUCGAUACCCAGAUCAUCUGAAACAUCUCUAUUUGGCUGAAGAGGAAAGGCUCAGGAAGCAACUUAGAAAAGUUUGUCACCCUUUGCCAGAAGAACAGGUUGACCAGGCUUUGCCAGAAGAGCAAUGCAGCAUUGACCAUACUUUGUCUGAAGAACAAUGUAGCAUUAAACACCCUUUGCCAGAAGAACGAUGUAACAAAACAGUAAGCUCCUUUGCAACUCAAAAGAAAAAUAAAAAGAAAACGUCCAAUCAAAAGGCACAAGAAGAAUAUGCACACGUACAGGCCAAGCGUGCUGCAAAGAAACAGGAAUUUGAGAGGCGAAAACAAGAACGAGAAGAAGCUCAGAGGCUCUACAGAAAGAAAAAGAUGGAAGUGUUCAAAAUACUGAGCAAAAAGACUAAAAAAGGCCAGCCAAAUUUGAAUUUGCAAAUGGAAUAUCUUCUUCAAAAAAUACAAGAAAAAAAUUAA